CGUCACAGUUUCUCUCUGUUUCUUUUGAGCUUAGUUCUUGUCUGAAACCCUAUUGGUUUCCUUCUAUCUCUCAGUCCUCAGUCCUCACUUAUCGUCUUCAUCUGAAAUGAUUACCGGAGGACUCCGCAGAUCUUCAUUGCCGUCGAGGCAAACUCUCUCCGCCGCGCUAACCUCCUUUGAUUCAAGCCUUUUUGAUCAUUUCUCUUCAGCCGCCACCGUAGCCUCCGUGGACUGUAACCUAGUCGGAAAUGGAUCUACUCUCUCCUCCAACCUCAUCUCCCGAUUCAAAGCUGAGCCGUCGAUGAUUCUCCCAGCUAAUAAGAAGAAAGAGAGCACCACGUCAAAGAUCAAAGGAACGAGGAUCUGCAUAGCGAUCCGAUCAUUCGACAACCCGGAGAAGCAAGCUUGGUGUCUUCCUCCCCACGCUCGCUACGCUGCGAUGCCCGACACGAGGACCUUGUACACGGUGCUACGUUCCCCUCGUGACAAGAAGUCGAGGGAGCAGUUCGAGAUGAGGUUCAAGAAAAGGUUUCUCGUUAUCAAAGCUCAGAGUCACGAGCUGAGCAAUAAGCUGUUUUGGUUGAAGCGUUACCGUAUCCUCGGAGCUCAGUACGAACUCCAGUUCCAUUGCAAGACCCGUUUGGACAUGGCUCCUGUGUUAGGGAACAUCAGUGGCUCCACAUGAGACUUAAGCGGUCGUUUUAAACUAGUUUACUUGGCCGAUCCUGCAAUAAUAUCGAAUCUUACUGAUUCAAGAAAGAAGUGAACAAAUACCUCAACAAAGAUAUGGGUUCUGUAUUGAGUUUCAGUGGGUGAAUAUACUUCCAGUUUUAUGCAAAUUUAUUAGGCCAUUUAAUUCGUUGUAUGGGAUUCAUCAUGAAAUAGGUAAUCAAAGAUGUUUUAGCUGU